GAUAAAAAUAUUCUUCUUUACGUUUUACCUUCUAACACUACUCAUAUUCUUCAACCAUCUGAAAUUCCCUUUAAAAAACUCAAAGCCGAAUAUGACAAGGCAUCAGAUCAUUAUCAUAUUAAGAAUAAUCUUGAAGUCACGAAGUGUUUAUUUGCUCAAGUCUUCGGUGAAGCAUUUUAUGAAACUUACACUCCUAGUGCAAUUAAAAAU